CGUAGCGCACAAGGUCACGGCCAGAUCCUCCGCGGGCUGCUGCUGUUGCAGACGUAUAUAGUUGCUCGCGAUUCGCCGAGUGAAAUUGCCUUUCUCCGCGCGAUCCAGAAGCUUCUCCUCGACGUGAAAACGCAUCAGUGCCAAGGGUGACAGUGAUUUUCGAAGAUUCGUUCGUUUUCCGCCCGGUGCUUUCGUGACACGUGUUCGUUGUGUGCACAAGGAGGUAAAUUGAAUUGUCGAUACAACUUUUUCAACAAGUGCGAGAUCGUUUGCUCGGUGUUUUUGUGGAAGCGAGAACAGUCGAAAGUACACCGUGCGGAAGCCGCAACGAUCGAGAUCGUCUUACGGCACAGAAACCCUGAAUCGUGCGGCUGGCUGGCCCAGAAUUUUACCGGCCCGUGGAUUGUCAUUUUCUGCUAGUAAACAUCUAUCAAUUUCUCCUCUUUCGUCUUCGUCGCUUAUUAUCCGCGGCUUAUUCCUUGCGGCCACUGCAACACUUCGAAUUGUUCGACGUAUAACCUUGCUACGGUCGCUUAUGCUAUGCUCUUGAACUGUAAGCAUAAUUUUUGUCCAUCAAAAUGAUAAUAAAUCCACGUAGAAGCCUUGUAACCAAAUGCUGCGCGAUUGUCCGAUGUGCAAAGCAGAUUCCAAUCGCAGGACCUCAGACGGUACACGAAUGCCAAUGAAAGAAUAGCCUCGGUCUUUCUAACCUCGACACGCGCCCAUUUAUUUUUCUAUGCAUUGGCUAUAAAGCCGUUCGCCGGUGCUCUUCUCGAUUAGACAAUGUGUUUUCACCAAAUCGAUCGACCGAAAUGCACGUCGAUUCGAAUUUCGUAAUUGCCUCCGUCGGUGUCCGUAAUGAAGUCGACGUGCGCGCGCAUUUAUACUCAAUUACAAAAGUAGUUCAAGUUUGAUCACGGUUUCGGUGAAGCGAGCUGUGUUGUGAUACUUUUCAUGACGUAAUGUUUGAUGCGUGUUAGCGACACGCAGUUUAUAUGCAGUUUACUGAAGGAUGCAUUCGAGUUCAUCUAAUUAUUGCUUUUGAUGUAUUAAAAUAAAGGAUUAUUAUCAGUUCGAUUAUCAGUUUGUUCUUUACUCGGAUUAACUAUAAAUAUCUCGUUAAAAACAUGAAAAAUCUAGUAAACAGAAUUCGUACAACGAACAUUGCAAUUUACCGUACGAAUCAUAACUUUCCUCGAUAGAAAAAAGCACUCACGCUCAAGCUAACACGACCACCGAAAAAUCGAAUUGGCCAAUACCGGGGAAAAUCGAUCGCCUAUCGAUCCCUACAGCCAAUACCAGUCCGACCUCGCACCUGACAUACGUGUCCGUGUACACGCGUCCACAUCCUCGACGCAGACGUGCACGGCAUUCGCGUCGGGACGGGCGAAAAUAAAAAAUGUGAAACCGUCCGGACGGCUUCAGCAAGGAUUAAGUAACAACCUCGGCGGCUGCUCGCCAGGAUGUUUCAAAAGCACGUCUUGCUCGCGGAAAGCCGGCAUAUGCGCGUGUGCAGAGCUUAUGGAUAUUCCGCGUACGUUUUUUUCCCGCCUUUGAUUUCCUUUCUUUUUUUUCGGGGAAACUGACGUUGCAUCAGGCAGUCUGCAGCAGCCGCGGAUUUCGCAACGGGAAAAACGUCGUUGUGAAUCGAUGAUUACUUGGCUGCCUUUGGUGGGUGGAGGUUCAGGGUGACGUCGUUCGUGGCGCUGGACUAUCAUUUUGUGAUAAACAAUUCAAUUCGUUGCCCGAUUAAAACGUGUUACGACGUUGUUAUUCGCUCGAUUAAUCAAUUACGUUAUAAUAUAUCAUAAAUUAUGCUAAACAUUUGACAAAAUAAUUUUUGAUUACUUUAAUUUCUCCGUGAAUGAAAUUUAAAACUGCAACAUUGACAUCAAUUUUUCGCAAAGAUUCUGCUAUUUUCAAACCUACGUAUCAGAAAUGAAUAACGGCUUCUUCGAAAAAACGAAUAUAAUCAACUCGUCUCUCACGAAUUUCACAAAUAUCUCGCGCAUCUCGUGCAACAGUUGAACGAUCUGGUAUGCACGUGUCGAGGUGAAUGAAAAAAUUCCGCGUCAAAAUUUUUCCACCGAAAACGAUCUCGGCAAUUAGUCGUCGGCCGACGAUUACGCGUAUGUCUCGCCGCGGGCCAGAGAGCCAUCGAAGCCUCCGGAAUACGAAAUAAGCCUGACCGCGAAGAAAGCUUCUUUUCCUCCCCCACCGCGGGAGGCUGCCGCCACUGCCGUAGCUUCUUCCGAAGACGACCCCGGUAAAAGUCACAGGGAACGGCUCAGUCGAUAGGGACACCUCGAAUACACCGAUACUCGAGCACUCGCGCGUCGAGUGCCUCUGUGAUUAGCUGUGAUCUUACCUCGUUUCUUCGCUGGCAAGAAAAGUCUACAUUGGUGGUGAGAAUUGCAUAGUCCCGGCGAGACGCCAACAUGGAUAUCCAGAACCUACUGACGUCAGCCGCGAGUUCGGCGACCGGAAGCCUGUCCUGGUUCUUCCCGACCCUGGCCGCGGCCAUCGUCUACUUCCAGUACGAGGUCAUGGAUCCCGAGUCCAGACCGAUAGACGUGCCGUCGGAACUACUGAUGCCCUCCUAUGACUUUAUAGUCGUGGGGGCGGGCUCGGCAGGAGCGGUGGUGGCAAGUCGGCUGAGUGAGGUGGAAAAUUGGAACGUCCUGCUCCUAGAGGCAGGGGGCGACGAGACUGAAAUAUCCGACGUGCCGCUUCUUGCGGGAUAUCUUCAAUUGAGUAAACUCGAUUGGAUGUAUAAAACCGAACCGCAAGGCGACUCUUGCUUGGCCAUGGAAGACGGUCGCUGCAACUGGCCCCGAGGCAAGGUCAUAGGCGGUAGCUCAGUGCUGAACUACAUGCUGUACUUGCGCGGUAACAAGAAAGACUAUGACAUCUGGGAGCAGCAGGGCAACGUCGGUUGGAAUUCGGCCGAGGCUCUGCGCUACUUCAAAAAGUCCGAGGACAACCAGAAUCCCUACUUGGCGCGUACUCCAUACCACAGCACUGGUGGUUACUUGACCGUCCAGGAAGCGCCCUGGCACACGCCACUCGCGGCGGCUUUCGUCAAGGCCGGGCAGCAGAUGGGCUACGAGAACAGAGACAUCAAUGGCGAGCAUCAGACUGGAUUUAUGAUCGCCCAGGGAACGAUUCGCAGAGGCAGCAGGUGCUCUAGCGCUAAGGCUUUCUUGAGACCUGCGAGGCUCAGGAAGAAUCUGCACAUCGCUAUGAACUCGCACGUCACCAAGGUGCUGAUCGAUCCGGCGAGCAAGCGCGCUUACGGCGUCGAGUUUAUGCGCGACGAGCAGAUCUACCGCAUUCGUGCCAAAAAGGAAAUCAUCCUGUCCGGAGGAUCCAUUAACUCUCCGCAGAUUCUCAUGCUCUCCGGAGUUGGGCCGCAGGAGCAUCUUCAGCAAUUAGGAAUCCCAGUGAUCCAGAACCUGCGCGUUGGUGAGAACAUGCAGGACCACGUGGCCGUGGGCGGACUGACGUUCAUGGUGAAUCAGGAGGUCUCGAUGGUGGAGAAUCGACUGCACAGCGUGAACGCCGUGAUGCAGUACGCGGUCUUCGGAACGGGCCCGCUGACGGUUUUGGGUGGUGUCGAGGGUCUGGCCUUCGUCAACACCAAAUUCGCUAACGCAACCGAGGACUUCCCGGACGUCGAGCUACACUUCAUCUCGGGCUCGACCAAUUCCGACGGUGGCCGUCAGAUUCGCAAGAUCCACGGUCUAACCAAGCGUUUCUACGACGCCGUCUUCGGACACAUUAGCAACCGGGACGUCUGGAGCGUUCUGCCUAUGUUGCUCAGACCCAAGAGCAAGGGACUCAUCAAGCUUCGCUCCAAGAACCCAUUCGACCAUCCGCUCAUCUAUCCGAAUUACUUCAAGGACCCUCAGGAUCUCGCGGUCUUGGUCGAGGCUGUGAAGAUCGCGAUCGCUCUGAGCAGGACACCAGCUUUCAGGAAGUUCGGCAGUGAACUGAAUUCUAAACCCUACCUGGGAUGCGCGCACCUGCAGAUGUACACGGAUCCCUACUGGGAGUGCAUGAUCAGGCACUACUCGGCAACCGUCUACCAUCCGGUUGGAACUUGCAAAAUGGGACCUUACUGGGAUCCCGAGGCUGUGGUGGAUCCCCAGUUGAAGGUCUACGGACUAUCCGGACUGAGGGUCAUCGAUGCUUCCAUCAUGCCUAAUCAGAUCAGCGGUAACACCAACGCGCCGACUAUGAUGAUUGGAGAAAAGGGCUCGGAUAUGAUCAAAGAGUACUGGUUGAAGAAGAGAAACGUUGGUUAGAGGGGGCUUGUCGAGAUUUUGUCUCGUGAAAGUGCUAGAAGUCAAUGCAGGGUUCGUAUCUCCAUACGAGCAUGGUCGAAUCAAAAAGUUCAAAAUCCUUAUAGAAAUAACAGGAAUUUACAUUUUUUUGCACGAAGUGAAACUGUUUUUCCUUCUACUUUGGUAGAGUAGGGGAUGUAAAUAACCGUAUAUGAGGCAGACCGCGUGAAUGUUUAUUUAUAAGUAGCCAGCGAUGCUUCUGAAAAGAAUUGAGGGAGUGAUUGAGUGUGCUGCGUAGCCACGGUUAUGUAUUACUGACGUCUUGAAAUAAUUUUUUAAGCCUGAGCCGAGUCUAGACAAGUACUUAAUCCCUAUUCAAAAUGUAAAAGGUGUUACAAUAGGAUUACCUUUAAAAAUCUUUGAUAUUUUUUAUAAUAGCCGCAGAGCCAUGACUAUGUGAUACAGCGCAAAAGCUAAAAAGAGCAGAUAACUCAAACUGUAUAUUAAAUUUUUCUCGAUUUGCUUUCGGCAAAACGUAGAUGAAAUUGUGUCUUCUGCGCAAAAUUUUUGACUCGCAGCUGUAGGUCGAAAACGUUCUCUCGCCUGAAGGUGACGAAAACUGUACAUAUUUACAUACGACAAACUGCGAAGAGGUGCGUCAAUAAGAGAGCCGCGGGGUUCCCGAAGCAAAUGAGCUAAACUUUACAAGUAUUCGUAUACUCGUUACUUUUUAGAUUGUAAAUAAAUCGUAGGUAAUUUUAGUGCAUAAGAGAUUGUAAAUUAUUGAGCCUUUUUUUAAGCGACUGUUAUAGUUUAUAUGCGUAAUUGUAUAUGAGUAAGAAAAAUAAAUAAAUUUGAAAAAAUAUAUUAUGUAAGGCAGUAUGUUCCAGUUUUGAUAAGAGAUAAAGGAGUAAGUAAUGUUACGACGACGAAUCCUUAGACUCAUCUUUAAAAAACAUUACGAAUGUACCUCUGUAUAAAAAAUGCGUGUUACGAAUGUAAAAAUAUUUCUCUUUAUCAUUAAAUUACACGAGGGAAAGUA